GCUACUCAAAUAGGAAGGAUCCUCUAUUCAGUUCUUAACAACCUCAACGGUAGCUAAAAAAAGAAAUGGAAGUGUUGCUGGUUUCUGGAAUCUCAGAUGCAGAGGAUGCUCAUAUCCCCUUCAGUGUGAUGGUGACAAACUCGGUAACGCCCCACGAUCCGAAGACAUACAGCACUUACGUGCUUGAGAGAGGAAUCUUACUGGGUGGAUUGAGGAGACUGCAGGACUGUGGCAAAGACUUUAUGUUUACCUACACAGAGGAUCCAAACUAUGGCCCGUACCUACAGAGUGUGAACGGUUUGGCUGGCAAUCCAGAGCAACAUACCUACUGGGAGCUCCUGGGCAAGAAACCCAAUGGCCCAAUCAUCAGACUUGAUGUUGGUAUUGGAUGUUACAUUCCCAGUGCAAACGAGGAAAUUAUCCUGAACUACACCAAGUACUGAAAAUCAAGAUAACUGGACAUCAUAAUGGGACCAGAUUCAAGUGUAUCAAUAUAUAUUUCAUAAUUAUUAAUAAAAAAAAGAUGCCUUGGUGUUUGUUGUUUGAGAGAAUGAACAGCUAAGCACAUGUUCCUCCAUUUAUUGACUUAAACAGCUUACAAAGGCAAGUAGAGACAUGGAAAUUAACAUUGGUUGUAUAAGUGGGAUAGAAAAAAUUAAUAUUUUAUCAAUAGUUUUUUGUAUUUACAAAUGAAGCUAAGCCUUAAUUUUAGGAUGGGUUUUCUAGUUUUCCCUUUUGAGAGAUUUAGAAGGCUGUGCCUCCAUGUGUGCGGUUCACUGCUGCCACAGUGUGGCA